AGGAGAAGAGUGUGUGGUGAGUGUGGAGUGGAGCGAGGCCAGUCGUCAGUUGUGGUGGCUCUGUGUCUCAGUAUGUGUUGACCCUGACUCCACCCACCUCUGAUUGCCAGUCGGGAUCUAACAACUGCGAGCUAGUGACCGACAGGACACGGCUCGAUCUGACUCUGAGUGAAAACAACAACUAUUCCCUCACAGUUAGACCUGAUACCUGCGGCAAUGCGGUUCAAGGACCAGAGAGUAUUCCCCUGUCUAUUAGCCUCACUGGUCAGUGGAUGAGUCAGUGUUGUAUCUAAGAGAAUUGACUUGUUUUCUUAAUGGGCCACAGAUAUGAACAUAGAAAGAUGUGCAGUUCAGAAGAGGUUCAACCCGAAUGAUGGGACAUUGGAAUCAGUACAGUUGACGGAUCUGGGGCCAGAGUACACAGUGGUGAUAGAGGAUGGUGUGGGGUCUAGAGUGAGGGAGAGAGUGGGAGCUCUCAACUGUAGCUCCACUCAAUGCAGCCACACCUACUACCCAGCAGUCGGCAGUAGAGGGGAGUUUGGAGUGUCUGUGGAGACUGCUGGCUGUGUGACUAGACAGACAGUGUGUCUGGAGAGACCAGUCUAUUGUUCAUUGAGGGACUUGUCUCCCUCUCUGGUUGAGGAGAACAGAGUGUGUGGGUCAGUGAGUGGUGGUGGGGUGUGUUACAGUGGAGACAGUGUAGGAUCAGUGGCAGUCUACUUCUGUGAUGAUGGCUAUAGUCUAGAGGGAGACACUACCAGAGAAUGUCUGUCUAGUGGCCUCUGGAAUGGUACCACUCCUCAAUGUGUGGAGACAGAAGAACCUGAUGAUAUCAGUAAGACAACAGCCAUAGUCAUCGGUGUGGUGUGCAGUGCUGCAUUUCUAACUAUUGGAGUUCUACUGGGAGUGGUGGGACUGUACCUCGUACAGAGAGUGAGGGGAAGGUCGUCUGGCCCCACCUCCUCUCUCCCCCUCCCCUCCCUCCAAACAAUCCUCCUAGAAGAUACGUUCAGACUGUUGUUAUGACAGAGCGUGAAACACCAGCCGAUGUCACACAGCAGACUAUGGAUGACUAUGAACCCAUGCGUAGUAGUGGAUCCUCCAUACCACCAGAGAGUACGGCACAGCAGACUUCAGGAGAUUAUGAAGAACCUGUGCAUACUAGUGAAGAUUUUGCCACAUCACAAAAACCUAUAUAUGAGCCAGUGUAUUACUAAAGCAUUUUAUACAAG